AUGCUCAAUCACUUCUCAUGGCGGCACAUUCCGGCCCUCUUGACUGCGGCCCCUAUGUUCCUGGGGGGACUAUUUCAUGGUCUUCUUGAACCAAAAGCCGCCCUCCUCACAUGGGGUAUGGUGGAGGAGGUUGCUCAAUCACGCGAGGCUCAGAUUGUCUAUUACGGACACACGAUGAGAACUAGUACACUGGGCCUCUUGGUCUUUGCUUUCUAUGCUCAGGGCAAUCUCACUGCCGUCGACACAACAAUGUCAAUUAUGGGAAUCUAUUGCGGCAUUGCUGAUGUCUUGAUAAUCUGGUAUAAGGGAAACCGGGGUGUGAUUCCUGUACGACUUUUUAGCGUUCUAUGCAUUGGUGCAUGGGGACUCGCGGGUAUGACGGCUUCUUCCCUUCAAAAUUAG